UCCUGCACCGUUCGAGCCUCGCUAUUUCCGUCUACUACAGCAACUUCUCGUAUAUCGCACCCUGGACUUCCAUACCACUCCAACAACAAUACGCAAAAGAUACGUGGCGAUCGCGAGUACAAGGCAGUCAGGCUUUGACCAAGGCGCGGUUGUCACGUCUUUAUGUCUCACGUCGGACGCUCACGCACACAUUGCUUCAUCAAGGAUUUGUGGUUGAGUUGUUUCGCCAUUGUGUAGCAUAAACAUCACCGGCAGACAAGCAGCAUGCGAGGGGCACAGGAUGUCAUCCAAGUGCCCCGUGCUCAGCAUGUCGGCAACCUCGUCCCGCUGACAAAAAUUCCAAGAAAUGACAUGAGCCGGGCUCGCCGGGGGGUAUUUGCACAAGCAAGCAAGCAAGCAAGCAAGCAAGAAAGCACGAAAGCAAGCGACCUGAGAAAUGCUGAGGAUAGGGGAGGAAGCAAACGAUUUCGAGCACACCGGACGCCACGCAGCUCUGAAACCGCAAGCAAUUCAUGUACAAUAAGCCACACCAGAUCGAUCACAUCGCCAGCUUUGACCUCUACAAAAUAUGCCCACAAGAGAUCAUGCCGUGGAUGUAGAGAGACAAGGUUCCCUGCCCAUAGCAAAGCUACGUGCAAGAACCCAAAUGAGCGUUCAUUCUCAAGUGCCAGAACCACCCAGAAACGCAAAGCCGUCGUUACAACUCCUCAAGACGGCAAAGUUUCUGACCACGUGCUCGAGGCAGAAGUGCGGGUCACAUGGAGCAGUUACUCCGACCCUCGCCAACCACGCAGCCCUUUGCCCGUGCUCCGUCGUCACUCUCAUGCGGGACCGUACUCGGUCCAUGCUCUCGAUCUCAUACUAUGGUUGUGGCUGCCACAGACUUGUCAAUGACACUGUCGCAAGUAGGCAUAAAGCUCUCGACCGGG